AUGGCUGACACACACUGGGGAAACCAAACAACCGUCACAGAAUUCAUCGUCUUGGGAUUCGGGGAUAUCCCUGACCUGCAAAUUUUUCUCUUUCUGCUGUUCCUAGUGAUCUACAUCACAACGGUGGCCGGAAACAUACUUGUCAUGGUGCUAAUUGUGGCUGAUCAGCACCUUCACACCUCCAUGUACUUCUUCCUGGGGAACCUGUCCUGCGUGGAGAUCUGCUACACCUCCACCAUCCUGCCCAGGAUGCUGGCCCGUCUCCUGACUGGGGACAGAACCAUCUCAGUCAGUGGCUGCAUCACACAGAUUUACUUCUUUGGUGUUCUGGCAGCUACAGAAUGCUAUCUUCUAGCAGCGAUGUCUUAUGAUCGGUAUUUAGCGAUAUGUAAGCCCCUGCACUAUUCAGCUCUGAUGAAUGACAGGUUUUGCCUCCAGUUGGCGGCUGGGUCCUGGUUAAAUGGUUGUUUGGCUACAACCAUCUUUAUAUUAGUCAUGUCACAGUUAAUAUUCUGUGGCCCGAAUGAAAUUGACAAUUUCUACUGUGAUGUCAUCCCAGUGAUAAAACUUGCCUGCAGUGACACACAUUUGGUGGUGUUGCUGGAUUUUAUCCUAGCAGGUAUAUUCACCCUGCCUCCAUUCUUACUAACCCUGACAUCCUAUGUGUGUAUCAUCGCCACUAUCCUGAGAAUCCCUUCCACCAUGGGGAGGCAGAAGGCCUUUUCCACCUGCUACUCUCACCUCAUCGUGGUGACAAUUUACUACGGGACCAUAAUGAGUGUCUCCAUGCUACCAACACUCGAUACACUGAGAGUGUUAAAGAAAGUGCUCUCCCUUUGCUACACAGUCCUGACUCCCCUGGUGAACCCCCUCAUCUACAGCCUGAAAAACAAAGAGGUCAGGGAAGCCUUUAGCAAAACAUACAGUAAAUAUGUGGCAUUCAAAAAAACCUGCAGAGAUUCCUAG